AUGUAUCAAUUCCUAGCAGUGAUUCUGCUCGUCGUCCUCUCAGCAGCCGCCGACUCCGGCCUCGGUUGUUACUCUUCGGUGGACACAUCCGUGGCAAGAGGCUACAAAGAAAACCAGUCAUCCAGUCUAUGCGCCGAAUUAUGUGGCAGUGACUACCCCUAUGUGGCAGUCAAAAAUGGAGGCUAUUGUUUCUGUCUUCUGUCGCUCCCCACCGCUCUGACCUCCUCCUCUAACUGUAACGUGAAGUGUAAUGGUUAUGGUUUCGUCAUGUGUGGUGGUGCCAACGCCUACACCGUGUUUACUGGCAACGGCGAAGCUGCUGGCGAGCUGGGUGCAGUGGGAGCUUCUUCUGCCGGUGGAAACUCAGUCGGAGCUUCGUCUGCUGACUCGUCCACAGCUCAGGCGUCUGCCUCACCUGCUGCCUCUGCAACAAGCAGCUCAACAUCCAGCUCUUCCUCAAGCUUGCCUACUUCCACAUCUGUGUCUAGUUCGGUGCCAGCUUCCUCCUCGUCGGGCUCUAUCACGACUACCCCCAUGACAACUAAUGCCGCUUCCACCUCGGUAUUUACCACCACAUCUGGCGAAAACGGUUCUGUCAUUUACAAAACCGUCACCACACAGGCAUCUCCCACAAGUUCAUCUGAAGCAAACAACCAUCUGUCCUCCAAAAAAUCCACAAACGUCGCACCUAUCGUAGGUGGAGUCGUUGGAGGCUUGGCUGCGCUAGCAUUAAUUGGUGUAGGAAUUUUCUUCUUCAUUCGUCGCCGCAGCGAUAACGACGACGAUGAUGAGGAAGAAUUCUACGAGAAGGGCUCAGGCAACCUCAACGCAGGCGGAGGCUCUAGUAAGUCCAGAAAGAACAGACUCAACUCUGUUUUCGACAUGCCCAUGUCCAAUCCAUUCGCGCAUCCUACCGAUGAUUUCGCUGACAAGCGCUUAAGUAAAAUGACUCAGAAUGGCGGGUUGACGGAUCCAAGACUCAAUCCAGUAAUGAUGGGUCGUAGAAGACUCUCAGAAGGCUCAUUAGCUGAUGAGACAGACUACUCGCGUAAGAUACUAGGGGUGGCCAACCCUUAG